UGGGCGGGGCUAAAUUAAAAUGGCGUUCAUAAGGAUCAAUCUUAGAAGGAGAAGAGGAGACAGGGGAGGAGAGGGAGACGACGGCGAGGAAGAAGGACUGAUGCUUUACGAUGGGUAUUCAUCCAGUGAAGAAGAGGAAAGCAACGGGAGUGAAGAUGAAGAAAGGCAAGAUGAAGCAGUGGGAGACCAAGACGGCAAAGAAUAUGAUAUUUCCUUACCUGCACAACAUCUCUAUCUAGGUGACAUGGAGGAGGAGAGUGUCGCUAGCGUACAGGAAGAAGAGACCACGCCCACUUUACCUCUCCAUUACAUAUCAAAGCAUGUUCUAUUUCCGGAGGAGACACUCCCACUUCACAUAUACAAUCCACAUGUGAUAUCUAUGCUUCGUGAAGCCUCAGCCUCUCGUAAACCAAUAGCAGUUUGCACUGACAUGAGAGGAGGAGAGGGGGAGGGGAUAUUCGGAGGGGCUCGUAGGCCAGGGAGAGAGGAGCUAGCCGAGUUUGGUACCACUGCAGAUAUUGUUGCUUUUAGAGAAGACGAGGGCGGGAGUAUGUGGUUCCACGGACCGAGGUUUGUCGUUAAACUAAGAGGAAGACAAAGAUUUAAACUAUUAGAAGUUAAUAAGAAAAUGAAUGGUAUGAUGGAUUGUCGAGUUGAGAUUCUUCCUGAUAUUCUUCUCCUUCCUCGUCCUCCUCUCCUUCUCUCUCUCCCGCCCUGUGUUGCCUCUAGUUACAACUGCUGUCUUGCUGUUGCUAGGCAACCUGAAGCCACACCUCUUUCAUUAGAGAGAGCCGCAAGGUGUCGUAGAGAGUUAGCGUUGUCAAGUAAAUGUAUGUCAUCAUGUCGAGUCCCUGAAUGGACUUUAAGAUUAUUUGAAUUUGAUCAUUUAAGAGAUGAGGUCAUUGAAGCCCAGAGGGUAAACUCGUUAAGUCUCAAUGACAAAGGGGUCGACCCUUUACCGAACGAUAUAACAAGCCUGUCCUAUUGGUUGUCAAGACGGCUGCCGGUAGACGAGAAAACAAAAUUAGAAUUCCUUUCGAUAAAUUGUCCAACUAAACGAUUAAUGCUUGGACUGAGAUUACUAAAAGAGAAUACAGAGUUAUACUGCAGUGAAUGUGGCAUACUCAUAACACAGAAGCAGUACAUAUUCAGUAUGUCUGUUGAUGGGCCUUUAGCAUCAUACGUUAAUGAAGGAGGCUUUGUACAUGAGACACUAACAGUCACAGAGUCUUAUAAUCUUAAGAAAUCUGGUCGACCCACUACAGAGAACUCAUGGUUUCCAGGUUAUCAAUGGACUAUAUUGUAUUGCAGUAGGUGUAGGGAUCACAAGGGAUGGAGUUUUGAUGCUGUCAAGAAAGAUCUCGUCCCGCUAAAAUUUUACGGCCUGCGGAGACCGGGUCUUGUGUUCUCAGUCAAAAAACCCUCAGAAAACGAGUCUUGAAGAAGAAUAAAAAGAUGUAAUCACUUUUCAUUUGUAACAUUGUCAUUGUUGUAAAUGUUUUUUUAUUAGAAGAAGAAUAUAAUGCUAAAAAUAAAACACUCAACUAUAUAUUAUAAUGAGCAUCUAAUUGUUAUAUGACGACACAAUUUGUAAUACUUUAGUGCAGCAUAUCACAUGUGGGCACCAAUA